CUCCGCUUGCAAUCGCCUUCCAGCUUGUCGAUGACUUUGCGCGUCUUUGUGUGCGUUCGUUGCGAAUUGAAUCAUCCAAAAAGCAAAACAGCGACGACCACGAACAAAGCUGCUGAGGGGGACUACUCGAGUCCUUGGAAGUUGCAAGAGUACCAAAAUGUCGGCAGAAGUGGCAGCCCUGCUCAGGCAGUCUUUCGAUCCUUCAACAUCAAAGCAAGCGGAAGAACGCCUGCGACAGGCCGAGACACAGUCCGGCUUCGCCUCAGUCUUGCUCGAGAUUGUAGCUUCUACAUCAAUUGAUCUGCCGACGCGUCAAGCGGCAUCGCUUUUUUUCAAAAACUAUGUCAAGCGGAACUGGGAGGACGAUGAGGAAGGCCAGAAGAUCGCCUUGUCAGAUCGGCAGCUGGUGAAGGAUAACAUUGUCAGCUUCAUGACACGGAUGCCUCCAACGCUGCAGGUGCAAGUCGGCGAAGCUGUGACACUCAUUGCCGAUACAGACUUCCCUGCGAAGUGGGAUUAUCUGAUUGACAGCCUCAUUUCACAAAUCAGCUUGACAGACAUGAGUGUGACGAAUGGUGUCCUGCAAACUGCACAUUCGAUCUUCAAGCGAUGGAGAUCACAGUUCAGGUCAGACGCGCUCUUUACAGAAAUCAACUUCGUUCUUUCACGCUUCUGUGAGCCUUUCUUGGCCAUUUUCAAGCAGACAGAUCUAAUGAUUGAUCAGAAUCGCAACAAUAAGCAGGCAUUGGACAUUCUUUUACAGACGCUGCUUUUGUUGACCAAGGUAUUCUAUGAUCUGAAUUGCCAAGACAUUCCAGAAUUCUUUGAGGAUCACAUGGCAGAGUUUAUGAGUGUGCUGCACAAAUACCUGACGAUUGAUCUACCUGUUAUCACUGCUGGGGAGGAUGACGAUGUUGCUGGGCCACUACAGAAGGUGAAGGCUUCCAUCUGUGAGAUUGUUGAACUCUACACACAGCGCUACGAGGAGAUUUUCACGAUGCUGCCAGAAUUUGUCAACACGACAUGGGUGCUCUUGACGCAAGUGUCUCUCGAGCCCAAGGACGAUAUUCUAGUGAGCAAAGCGCUCUCAUCGCUCACUUCAGUUGUCAGAGUUCCGAGACAUGCGCAGCUUUUUGAAUCAGAAGAAGUGCUCAAAAAGUUUGUUGAGCUGAUUGUCUUACCCAAUAUGUCGUUGCGUACAUCUGAUGAGGAACUCUUUGAGGACGAUCCAAUCGAAUACAUCCGCCGCGACUUGGAAGGCUCAGAUAGCGACACGCGCAGACGGGCGGCUACGGAGUUUGUGCGCAGCUUGGUUGAAAAGUUUGAACAAAAGAUCACCAGCAUUGUCCUUGAAUAUGUCAAGGUAUACCUGACCCAGUAUGCAGCAGAUCCAGUCUCUAAUUGGAAAUCGAAGGACACUGCCAUGUAUUUAAUCUCUUCCAUUGCUGUCAAGGGCUCCACAACGAAAUUCGGUGUAUCGUCCACAAACAUCAUGGUCGAUGUUGUCGAAUUCUUCAAUGUUAAUGUGUUGGGUGACCUGCACGCUGGCUUCUCUGAACGACACCCAAUCACUAAGGUCGAUGCAAUUAAAUUUAUCCACACCUUUCGCAAUCAACUCACGAAGCAGCAAAUCACCAGUGUCUUUCCGAUGCUCGCUCAACAUUUGACUUCACCGAACUACGUUGUUUACACUUACGCGGCUGUCACAGUUGAGGCUCUUUUGACCAUGAAGCGUGAUGGCCAAACCUUGUUCAGCACACUGGACGUAGCGCCCUUCAGUGCUGAGCUGCUACAGAACCUGCUCUCGCUAAUUGAGCGCGGUUCUUCACCAGAGAAGCUGGCAGAAAACGACUUCCUGAUGCGCUGCGCAAUGCGCGUUGUCAUUUCUGCACAAGAGGGCAUUGCAACUGCAACGGAAGUGACAGUCCACCACCUCAACAAGAUCCUAGCUGAGAUCAGCAAGAAUCCCUCGAAUCCGAAAUUUAAUCACUACUUCUUCGAGUGCUAUGGUGCUGUCAUCAAAUAUGUCGGAGCAAUUUCCAAGGAGGCACUCGCCCAAUUGGAAGCAAUGCUGACCAGUCCUUUACUCAUGAUUCUACAAAACGACACGACAGAGUUCAUCCCAUACGCCUUUCAACUGCUGGCAGAAAUGCUCGAGAUGCAUGACACCAAAGAAGACUUGCCACUAGCCUACAAGCAGCUCUUGCAGCCUAUUUUGACUCCAACACUUUGGGAUUCUCGGGGCAAUAUCCCAGCGCUUGUUCGCCUGCUGCAGGCAUUCGUCGUCCAAGGUCCAUCACAUCUUGUCUCUGAAAAGCUUCUCGAGCCAGUCUUGGGUAUCUACCAGAAGCUGAUUGCAUCUCGUGCAAAUGACGGAUUCGGCUUUGAUCUGGUCGAGAGCCUGUUUGCUUGCGUCCCGUUGCAGGCCCUAGAGCCGUAUGCACAGCAAAUCUUUGUGCUCCCAUUGACACGUCUGUCCGGUGCCUCCAAGACGGAGAAGCUUGCCUCUCGAUUCGCCUUGUUCCUUGCUACCUGCGCAUCAACCCAGCAACUUGGCCCAGACUUUGCACCUAGCAUUCUCGAACGUAUCCAACCUGGUCUUUUCGCUCAGCUCAUGCGCAGCAUCGUUUUGCCACACACCUCACAGUUGGCAUCUCCAUCAGCAACAACGAAACGUGCAAGUUGCGGCUUUGGCAGAAUGCUAGCAUCGUGCUCGAUGUUGAAGCAGGAUCAAGCGCUUUGGCUACAAACGCUGACGACUUGCUUGAAACUGCUUGAACUGCCAGCUGGAGCAGUCUUGUCAGAUGCAGGGAGUUUACUGCAGCAGCAACAAGAGGAAGAGACAAUGGCCGAUGCUGCGCUCAUGGCGCUUGAUGAGGGCUUCCAAGCGAGUUUUGCAAAGCUCGUUUGUAGUGCUCCUCUUGGCACGGCCAAUCAAGCAUAUUUAGCACUUGCGCAAUUGCAAGGCUCAACGAAUGUGGACCCGAGGCGAUUCUUGGCCACUUGCUUGAAUGAGCAGCUUGAGGGCCGUGAUACUUGGCUUGCACUUGUCAAGCAGCAAGCUGCAGAAACCGUGCCUGUCUUGCAGUCUUAUGGCCUCAACAUUUAGAAAUCUACUCUGGUCAAGAAAAGUUAAAAAGCAUAGUUUAUUUUGAGGCAUUUAACUUGCUUGCUCCUUGAUUGUUUUUUUAAGUGGCGAGCCUAGGACUGCCAUGUAGAUGGCCAGCAUGCUCGUGGUUGACGCUUCCAUCGGAGCG